GCAAUACUGAGUCACGUUGCUAUAUCACCUACCUCCUGAUACAGUGCAAUGAAAAGAGCACUUCACCUCUGUGUAGCUUCCCUGUAAUCUUUAACCCCAGUGGAAUCAUGGGGAAAACGCAGACAAACUGAAACUGAGGGACAAUGCAUGAAAUAUCUGACUGGUGCUCUUCAAAAGUGUCAAGGUCAUGAAAAACAAGGAAAGACCAAGGCACUGUCACAGAUAGGAGCAGACUAAGGAGACAUGAUAACUAAAUGCAGUAUGGUGUCCUGGAUUGAACCUUGGAGCAAAAAAAUUGGAUCAUUGGAGAAACUGGUGGCUUGCUUGCUGGUGUCAUCCUGAAAAGAAGAAAGAUGCUGCUGGAAUAAGCUCGGCCUGACGACGGCGGCGCAGGCGGUAGCUGGGAGGUGUUAGUAGCAUUGGCGGGACUCCUCAGAGCAAGUGGAAUUCUUCGCGCUGGAGGAGGCACCGCAGCCUGGGCUCUGUGGGACUGAGGCGGCAUCAGCUGGACUUGAAGAGCUCCAAUGGCAGUCAACAAGAGCCCAGCCUUGCUGGAUGGAGACCUCCCCGAGCAGGAGAACGUGCUGCAGCGGGUCCUGCAGCUGCCGGUGGUGAGCGGCACCUGUGAGUGCGUCCAGAAGACCUACACUAGCACCAAGGAAGCCCACCCCCUGGUGGCCUCUGUGUGCAAUGCCUACGAGAAAGGCGUGCAGGGCGCCAGCAGCCUGGCAGCCUGGAGCAUGGAGCCGGUGGUCCGCAGGCUGUCCACCCAGUUCAUAGCUGCCAACGAGCUGGCCUGCCGAGGCCUGGACCACCUGGAGGAAAAGAUCCCGGCCCUCCAGUACCCGCCUGAAAAGAUCGCCUCAGAGCUGAAGGGCACCAUCUCCACCCGCCUCCGCAGCGCCAGGAACAGUAUCAGCAUGCCCAUUGCCAGCACUUCGGACAAGGUCCUGGGGGCCGCCCUGGCGGGUUGCGAGCUCGCCUGGGGCGUGGCCAAAGACACCGCGGAGUAUGCCGCCAGCACCCGGGCCGGCCGGCUGGCCUCCGGCGGGGCCGACUUGGCCCUGGGCGGUGUGGAGAAGGUGGUCGAGCUCCUGCUCCCCCCAGCCAAGGAAGAGCCAGGCCCUGCUCCAGGAUGUCAGGCGGCCCCGAAGCCUCCCAAGGCCAAGCCGAGCCUGGUGGGCAGGGUUGGGGCCCUGGCCAACACCCUGUCUCAACACACCUUCCAGACCACAGCACGGGUGCUGAAGCAGGGCCACGCCCUGGCCAUGUGGAUCCCGGGUGUGGCUCCUCUGAGCAGCCUGGCCCAGUGGGGCGCCUCAGCGGCCAUGCAGGUGGUGUCCCGAAGGCAGAGCGAGGUGCGGGUGCCCUGGCUGCACAACAUGGCCGCCUCCCAGGAGGAGGACCGUGAUGAGCAGACGGACACAGAGGGGGAGACGACUGAGGAGGAGGACGAGCCAGAGAUGGAGGAGAAGAAGUUCAAUGAGGUAGCAGCCCUGCCCAGCCCGCGGGGCCUCCUGGGCAGUGUGGGGCACACCCUGCAGAGGGCCAUCCGGGGCACCAUCUCGGCUGUGACGUGGGCACCUGCAGCUGUGCUGGGCACAGCAGGGAGGAUGCUGGGCCUCACAUCAGCCCAUCCUGCCUCCUCCACCAAAAGGAGGGCCAUGUCCCUGUCAGAUGCUUUGAAGGGCGUCACAGACAACGUGGUGGACACAGUAGUGCAUUAUGUGCCCCUCCCCAGGCUGUCACUGAUGGAGCCCGAGAGCGAGUUCCGGGACAUCGACAACCCGCCCCCUGAGACGGAGCGCAGGGGGUCCGGGGCGCCGCCCUCUGGCCCCGAUACCACCCUGCGCGCGGCUCAGCACCGAGGCAGCCUACGCAGUGCGAGGGGCCCCGGCCUGGAGGACAGGGGGGACCCGCCUGCCUCAUCGCGCCCGGCCUUCCCGGCCGCGCCCCGCGAGAAGCCGAAGCGCAGGGUCAGCGACAGUUUCUUCCGCCCCAGCGUCAUGGAGCCCAUCCUGGGCCGCGCGCAGUACAACCAGCUGCGCAAGAAGAGCUGAGCGCCGCCCCCUGCGAGCCGGCGGGGCCUGUGUCGCCAGCACGUAAGCAGCCCUGCACUUCCAAGAGAGCGUUGACUUCUUCACAGUAGCCCCCUGGGCAGCCCGAGCCUCAUUCUGACGAUGCUGCCAAGGCACACGUCAUCUUGUGAGCAUCCUUUUGGAGUUUAGCCCUCAGAGCCAAUUUUUAAGAAGCAUCAGAGCAGCAGCCUUCUUUGAUUGUAUGUCUUGCUUUUUACUGAAAGAUUAGUGGCCUAACCUGAGCUCUUCUUUAACCAAACUUGUUGCAAAAUGACAUUUGACUGUUUCCAAGAUUUUGAGCCAUCUUCUGUGGACAAACUAUUUGCCACCAAUGAGUUACGUGUCAGGACCCUGAAGGUCCAAGCAUGUUUAAGCCCUGAGCUCAGAUUUCUGAGUAUCGCACUUCUCAGUAGGCUACUUUGAAGGAACAACAAUCAGGUGUAAAAGCUCUCGUGUGUUUAUAUAAAAUAGCGUCACUUUUUGCGUACCUGGCACCCUGCGCUUCUCCAGGCCGGGUACUGGCCUGUGCUCUGUAGCGCCACCUUCUGGCUCAGUCAUUCCCAUUUGCACCCUGACUUCCCACCUGAGCAUUCACCCUUUGGAAUGCUGUCACUCCCAGUGUGGCGGGACGACAGGUGACCCUUCACCUUAUAAAGUCUAUACCAUAUAGACCAUUCCAAGCCCUGUUUUUGAAAAUGUUAAUAUUCAGUAAAUCUAAGGGAUGCAUCCAUUUAAUUUAAAUUUCAAACACUGCAAAUGGGUGGGAUCCCUGAGGUCCCAGUUCCCCUUCACAAAACAAUCACGGUGCCAGCCACCUGUGUAUCUUCCAGUUACAGGCUGUGUACAUGCUAGCACGUGUGUAGGAACACCCCACCUUCGUUCGCACAGCUGUGGAGGUGGGGGUGCUCUUUCCACUUAACAAUACAUCUUAGACAUCUUUUUGUGUCACUAGCAUAAAUCCUCCUUGCUCUUUUUAAUGGCCACAUAGUAGGUGCCUCAAUGUAGAUGCUAUAAUUGAUUUAACUAGUUUCCUUGUCGAGGACUGUUAGGUUGUUUCCAUUUUUUUUUCUUGCUACUGCAAACAGUACUGCAAUAAAUGUCCUUAUACAGAG